AUGGGGUGGGGUUUCCUGGUGGUCUUAUUGGCUGUGGCGGUGGCUUGUCGGAGGGCAAGUUCAAUCGGAGCGAACUGGGGCACGCAGGCGUCGCAUCCUCUUCCGCCGGACAUAGUGGUGCGGAUGCUGAGAGAGAACGGUAUUCAGAAAGUGAAGCUCUUCGACGCCGAGUACGACACUCUCAGGGCUCUGGGCAAGUCCGGAAUCGAGGUUAUGGUUGGGAUUCCCAACGAGAUGCUGGCCACUCUCGCCACCAGCCUCAAAGCCGCUGAGAAAUGGGUUUCUAAAAAUGUUUCUACUCACAUCAACACCGACAACGUCAACAUCAGAUACGUUGCUGUUGGCAAUGAACCUUUCCUAUCGACUUAUAACGGGAGCUACCUUAGCACCACUUUCCCUGCGCUGAGGAACAUCCAGAUUGCACUAAACAAAGCCGGUCUUCAGAACCAAGUGAAGGUCACGUGUCCCUUAAACGCUGACGUCUACGACAGCUCCACCACCUUCCCCUCUGGAGGUGACUUCAGAGCCAACAUCCGUGAUCUCAUGAUCACCAUCGUCAAGUUCUUGAGCGACAACGGCGGACCCUUCACCGUUAACAUCUACCCUUUCAUCAGUCUCUACAACGACGCCAAUUUCCCAGUGGACUACGCCUUCUUUGACGGCAACUCGCAGCCCGUGAGCGACAGUGGGACUUUCUACUACAACAUGUUCGAUGCGAACUACGACACUCUAGUGCAUGCCCUGGAGAAGAACGGGUUUGGGAACAUGCCCAUCAUAGUUGGGGAGAUCGGAUGGCCUACCGAUGGGGACAGGAAUGCUAACGUGGAGUACGCUAGGAAGUUCAACCAAGGCUUCAUGUCUCACAUCUCAGGAGGGAAAGGGACUCCGAGGAGGCCAGGCCCAAUCGACGCCUACUUGUUCAGCCUGAUAGACGAGGACGCGAAGAGCGUGCAGCCUGGAUACUUUGAGCGGCACUGGGGGAUAUUCACAUUCGACGGCUUACCCAAAUACGCAUUGAACCUUGGGACGACCAACACAGGAGCUCUGAUCCAGGCCAAAGGUGUGCGGUAUUUGCAGAGGAAGUGGUGUGUGAUGAAGCCAAACGUGAGGUUGGACGAUCCGCAGGUGGCACCUAGCGUGAGCUACGCGUGUAGCCUCGGGGACUGCACGAGUCUCGGGGUUGGGACGUCAUGUGGGAAUCUGGACGGGAAGGAGAACAUAUCGUAUGCGUUCAACAGUUACUAUCAGAUAAACGACCAGGUCGAUACGGCAUGUAAGUUUCCAAACAUAUCGGAGGUGACCAAGACGGAUCCCUCAACGGGGACCUGUAGAUUUCCGAUUAUGAUAGAGCCUUAUUACGGCGGGGCUGACCACGGACAAGUGUUCUUCUUGCCACUGUUUCUGGCCUUAGCCAUCGCCAUGCUCUCUAUUAUUUUUUGA